AUGCAUGGGCUCAAGGUAUUCAUAUACUUGAACGGAUGGAAGAGCAGACUGUUAAUGGGAAUCCCGAGGUUCAUGAGAUCACUCAGGAUGCUCUUGCGAAAUUAUACGCUGCGCUUAAGGAGGAUGAUACGUUUUACGGUUUAUGGAGAAGAAGAGCCAAAUACUCUGAAACGUUGGCAGCGCUUUCCUAUGAGCAAAUUGGUCUUUGGGAUAAAGCACAACAGCUCUACGAGGCUGCUCAGAUCAAAGCUCGAAGUGGAGUGCUUCCAUAUGGAGAGUCUGAAUACACUCUUUGGGAAGACCACUGGAUUCUUUGCGCCGAAAAACUCCAACAUUGGGACAUUCUUACCGAACUUGCUAAACACGAAGGAUUUUCAGAUUUGCUAUUGGAAUGUGGUUGGCGAGUUGCGGAUUGGAAUACCGACCGUGAAACCUUGGAACAGACAGUUAAGAGUGUGA